GUCGCGGUGGAUUGUGGGUAGCGGCCGGGCCCGGGAGAAGGAGGAGGAGGCCGUGUUUGUGGCCGGCGGGAGGUUUGAGGCGCAAGUCAAGAAAAGUUUCUAUGAAGAAUGUCUUCACAAUCCAGUGAGGAAGAAAAUGUGAAAACAAAUUCUUAUUUGAAUCAAUAUCUACAGAAUAGUAGGUUGGAAAAUGAGAUUCAGCCCAAAAGUUGUGAAUUAUCCUCCUCAUCGGGUUCCACUUCUUCUCUGCUAUCUCCCAUUUACCGUGAAAGUUAUGAAAGUGAAGAUGAAGAAAAUGAGUCAUUAAACAAGCAGACAGACAGACUUUCAAGAAGAAGAUCAGAAUCCACCCCAAGGAGAAGGGCAGAAGGUUUUUCAACAACACCAGUGGUGUCUACUCCAAGUGGACAAAAGAAAUCCAGGCAGAACAUUUGCUUGAAAAGAGAAACUCUGCACAAGAAAUGUAACUUGGAGCCUUCCAAAGAUUCCACAACUUCGUUGCUCUCACCUAUUUACCAUGACAGCUAUGAAAGUGAGGAGGGUGAGACAGAGGCUUCCAAAACACCUACAAGCAGUAUUUCAGACAGAGAAAUGGCAUCUACUACAAACAAAACUGUGUCAAAGAAAUUGACAAUAUUCACUCCAGUCAAAUCAAAAACAUCUAGAACUUCUGCGAGAAAGACAAAACUAAGUGAAGAGGAGGAGCGGCAUUUAAAAGAAGUUGAGCUUACUGCCUGGGAAGAAUGGCUUAUCAAGAAGGCAAAGGAAGAACGCAUAGAAAUGCAAAAAAAAUCUCAGCGAGAGAUGAUAUUGAAACAAGCAAAAUUAAAAGAGCAAGAAGAACUUCAAAGGAAAAAAGUUCGUGCAGAAGAAGAGCAUAGACGUUGGGUGCAGAGAAAAAAUGAAAAGGAAAAAUUGGAAAAGGAAAAGAAAUUUCACAAGGAGCAGGAGGAAAAGUAUGCCAGGGAACAAGAAAGAGAACGUACUGCAGAAAGAGGGAGUAAAGUAUUUCAAGAAUGGCUUAAGAAAAAGAAGCUUCAGAAAAUUGAGAUAAAGAAAGUGGAAAAGAAUGCUGAAGAAAAAAAAAUAGCUGAAACACAGGAAAGGAGAGAAAAAGCAGACAAGGUUUUCCAAGAGUGGUUAGAAAAAGUGAGAACCAGACCACGGACUGUUCCGAGCAGCUUUGGUUAUGCUAAUGGUAAACUCACAGGAUACUAUGAUGGAAGUUCAUAUCCAGCUCCAAGCUACUGGAAUCCAAUUCCAUGGAAACCCAUCCCCGUGCCAUGUACAGAAGAUAACAUUAAAAAAAUAACCUGCAAGGAAAAAGUGAAGCCAAAAUCCACAUCCCUAUAUAUCCCACAUUCAAAUGUGCCUUUCAGACCAAAGGACAAUCUUGUUGUUGGAAGUGGUUGGAGGAAAGCAAGAUGACUUUUAUUUUCAUCAGUACAUUCCACUAAAUACAUCUUUAUUCUUGUUUUGUUUUGCAUCUGGAAUUACUAUCAGAAGCACAUUUUUCCAUAUUUAUAUUUUAAUUUAAAAGUUAUUUUAUAUUCCUCGCUCAGUAUCGCCAGAGUUGCUUUUGCUCCCUGAAUAUCUAAUGUCCAUUAAAUGCUAUGAGAGAAUAUG